GUACUUGAGAGUAUCCAGUCCUUGACAAACCUGCAAUUGAAUAGACACGAGUUUUAAAAUUAUAUCAUUAUUUUAUUUAAUUAAUUACUCACACUAAUUAAUCAAUUAGAAAAACUGUGCAAUAUAAUAAUUUUUAUCAAAUGUUUUAUUAUUAAAAAAUAAAAAAAAAAUUAAGAAUUCUAAAAGUGAAUUUAAUUUUAAAUAUAAUUUUUCUAAAAUGACAAAUUUCUAAUCAAAUGUGAAAAUUAGAUUUUAAGUGCGUAAUAUGGGUAAUAAAAGUGAAAUGAAACAAAUGACAAGUGAAAAAUAUAGUUUACGACCUCGAAAUAGUGUUCGGCGAAAAUUUAAAUUCGACGAUUAUGAAAAUGAAAAAGAAGAAUUUUCAGAAAUAAACGAUAAUCGGGGGAAAAAAAAUUAUAUUAAUUGUGCUGGGAAAAAUAAUAAUAAUAAUAAUAAUAAUACAAAACAUCGACCACCACCUUUAAGUAAAUAUAGAAGAAAAACUGCAAAUGCACGAGAAAGAUCGCGAAUGAAGGAAAUUAAUUCAGCUUUUGAAACUCUUCGAAAAGCUGUACCAUCAUAUAUGCCAGAAUUAGUUCUUGCUCAAGGUGAUGGAACAAAUGAAAAAUUGACAAAAAUAACAACAUUAAAAUUGGCAAUGUUGUAUAUAUCAGGUUUAACAGAAUUACUUCGUAAAGAGGAAGAAAAUGAAGAAGAAAGAUUACGCCUACUAAAUGAAAGUGUCGAAUCUCUGGUAAAUUAUCAUCCCACACUUUUCAGAAAUGGUCGCGAUACAUGCACUUUAACUGCUUUGAAUACCACCACCUACGACAUUUUUGAAUCAUCGAAUUCUGUUUUAAAUGACUGUGGUAGUGAUGGGGAAAGUUUUCAUUCUGGCGACACUUUGGACAAUUUCAUUAAAGAACCAAUGGAGGUCCUUGUUCCUGAUUUGGAUCUUAAUUUCUCAGAUAAUCUCAUCGAUAACGAAUUAAGUUAACAUAUUUUUAUUUUACAAAAUAUAUUUCACAACAUCGAUCUCGCAUUUGUAAAUUUAUUUGUAAUAUAUUCUCAUCUAAAAAACUAA